AUGAACCCUCUCGGUGGUGCACCUCUGAACCCCAACCAGCGGACGGUGUACAUCGGCAACCUUCCCCCAACGGGAACGAUCGACGAGCUCCUCUCCCUCAUCCGCUCUACCGGGCCGAUCGAGUCCGUCCGUCUCCUCCCAGAGAAGAACUGCGCCUUUAUCUCCUUCCUCGACGCGCCUACCGCUCUGGGGUUCUUUAAUGACGCUAGUGCUAAGAAGCUCCAGCUGCACGGGAUGGAACUCAAGAUCGGCUGGGGAAAGGCUACCCCCGUACCGCCCACAGUGGCAGCAGCGGUCAUGCAGUACAAUGCUAGUCGGAACGUGUACCUCGGUGGACUGGAAGAUUACGUGACGGAGGAGAUGCUGCGCGAGGACUUGGGCCGCUUUGGACCGAUUGAUCAGAUCAAGAUCCUCAAAGAUAAGAACGUGGGCUUUGUCCAUUUCCUCAGUGUGCAGAGCGCUAUCAAGGCGGUUUCCCAGCUCGCGCAGGAGCCGAACUGGCAAGGCAAGCGUGUGAACUACGGCAAGGACAGGUGCACAUACGUCCCCAAAGGGCAGAAGAUGCAGCCCCAGAUCCCCCAGCAACCGCUCAUCCCCGCUGCCGCUAUCGCCGCCGCGGUGAACAUGGGCCAGAACAUCCCGUUCAACCCUGCCGGCACGCCGCAACAGUUUAUGCAAGUCCCGGGAAGCCUCGCUGCGGGCUUUGGCGCUUCUGGUGCUGUGCCGAAUAUGCGUACUGUCUACUUGGGGAAUAUCCACCCUGAUACGACUACGGAAGAUCUAUGCAACGCCGUUCGUGGUGGUGUGCUCCAAAGCGUCCGGUACAUGAAAGAUAAGCAUAUCGCCUUCGUGACGUUCAUCGACCCUUCCGCUGCGCUCGCGUUCUUCAACAUCGCCUCCCUGCAAGGGCUGAGCGUGAACAACCGCAGGCUCAAGAUUGGCUGGGGGAAGAGCUCGAACCCCCUCCCUCCUGCUCUGGCCGUCGCCGUACAGGGCGGGGCGACGCGGAACGUCUAUGUGGGGAAUAUCGACGACUGGGAGAAAUGGGCUGAAGACAGGCUCCGGAGGGACUUUGGCGAGUUUGGGGAUAUAGAACUGAUCAAUUCCCUCCGGGAGAAGAACUGCGCUUGGGUAAACUUUACGAAUAUCUCGAGUGCGAUGAAGGCUAUUGAGGCGAUGAGAGUGCGUCCGGAGUAUGCGCACUUGAGGGUGUCGUAUGGCAAGGAUAGGUGUGCGAACCCGCCUAGGGCGGGGGUACAGGGCGGUGGGUCGAGGAGGAACAACAACGGGGGAGUGUCCCCACUUUCUGGGACGGAGAAACCUGGUUUCCAGGAAGUGGGCGAGCAGGGCCCGGCUGGCGAGGCAGCGUCGACCGCGCCUGGGAGUUCGGGCGGGUUUGUGUACGCGUACGAGGAGGCCGACGCGGAUGAGGCUGAUGCGAGGGAGGCGGAACAUGAUAUGAUCGUACCGUCUGAUGAAGUGCUGGAGGGCGCUCAUUAG